AUGGCACAAUACGCCACCAGCCGACCUCACCACACAACCUCGGACGCCUUGGCCAAUCUUAGGCAGAACGACGACGAGCCCUUGCGGGCCUUUAUGGAGCGCUUCUCCAACAUCUUAGUCCGGAUCCGAAAUCUCAACCCGGAGGUCGCCCUGCAUGCCAUGCUCAUGGCACUGAAACCCGGAUCAUUCGUCGACAGCCUAUUCCGCGAUGCCCCCCGCGACAUGGACGAACUGCGCGGCCGCGCAGCCGCCUACAUCCAGAUGGAGGAGCACUCGGCUUUCUGUGACCAAGUUCGCGGGAAAGGCCCUGCGAAACCGGAGCAGGGCCACAAAGAUAAGGUGAAAGUCAAUAAUGACACACAGUUCAAGAAGUCGGCCAGAGUGAACAAAGGCGGGAGGUAUGACUUCUACACUCCCCUGAACGCCCCAAGAGUCCAUAUCCUGGAGGAGGCCAGUAACAACAACCUACUAGCCCUCCCAUCACCCGGCCACACACCCAACAACGCCGACAAGUCCAAAAACUGCCGGUACCACAGGAACUAUGGCCACACCAUGGACGAGUGCCGCACGCUCCGAGACCGCAUCGAAGAACUUAUCCAAGCGGGCCACCUUGGCCACUACGUCCAGCGACAGCCAGGUCCCCGAGGUGGCUCUGGAGGCCGGGGACGCGGGAGAGGUCGCGGGUCAGGACCUCGCACAGACUUACCCACAGGGUCCCAGCAAAAUGCUAACGGCGCAGUACAGGCCGAAAUAAGUCAGGAGACAAAAGCAGCCCCCUUGCGGGGAAUCAUUAACAAUCGCAGGCGGCUUCGCCGAAGGAGGCGCUAG